AGGCUUCAGUGGGAGCUGAAGGCAGAAGUGUGGUGACAUGCACCUGAUCCCUGUGUUCCCAGGAUAGCGCCCUAGAAGGCUGGGCAAGGGAGGGAUGAACCUCCACCCAAAUCCUCCUCUCUCCAAUUGCUUUGCAGCAGAUCAGCAUUGCACAUGGGGCCGUUCUUCUCCAUCCGAGAAGGAAGCAAGGCAAAUGGAAAUCAAUUCGAUCCCAAAGGAGUGCUCCUUUCUCAGGGGCCUUUGGGGGAAAUACAGCCCCAACCUCUCCUAGAAGACAAAUGGGAAGAGUCUCCCCCACUUUGGCCGCUGCCCAGUGUGCAGGCUACCAGGAGAUAUCCACUUGGCAAGUGUUUCUCCCCUGAGACCAACACCUACUGCUAGGACCCAGCUUGCCGGCCAGCCUUCCACUACUACCUUGAGUGGGAGGGAGAAACCAAACCCCCAGCCAGACCCACACAGCUUAGGUGUUGGAUUGUAAGAGCUCACACAGGCAGCAGCAGUGGCAGAUUGCAGCAGCAGCUGUGAGGGCAGUCGGCAGAUGAGGACUUGAAGACUGAGUGGUAUUCUUCAACCCUUCUGUGAGAGGAGCUGCCAGGUUGGUGCUGGCAAGCGGGAGUCAGCUGUCCCUCGGCUGCAUUCCAGGCAUUCCCAGGGACUUCUAAGGCAGGUUGAGAAAACGCUCAGGAGGGGAAGGCAUUCAAAAACAAUCCGAGAAGAGAUUUUACCUUGAAACUAGGACCAUGGUUUCUGGAUUUCAGUACAGCCUCUUUUUGUUCCUGUGCUUCACAGCAUGCCAGGGAUCUCCAGCUUCCCAGAACUGUCUCAACAAACAGCAGCUCCUGGCUGCCAUCCGCCAAAUGCAGCAGUUCUUAAAGGGGCAGGAAACGCGGUUUGCAGAGGGAGUGCGCGUCAUGAAGAACCGGCUGAUAACUCUGCAGAACUCGGUGACAAAAGCUGCCCCAGACCCACAAUCCGUGUCCUGCCCUGCACUGGAUGCCCCCAUAGAUGGCAGAAGAUUUGGUACCAAGUACUUUGUGGACCAUGAAGUCCAUUUCACCUGCGAACCUGGUUUCCAGCUCACUGGUUCCAGCACCCGAGUGUGUCAGGCAAAUGGCAGCUGGACUGGAGAAGCACCGCGGUGCAAAGUGAUCAGCAAAUGCUCGAGCAAUCCCUGCCAGAAUGGUGGAACUUGUGUGGAUGGAAUAAACCAGUACAAGUGCACUUGUCCUCAAGGGUGGACCGGUGAGAACUGCCAGUACCAGUCACAAACAGUCCCACCUGCAUGGAGUGUUACAAACGACCCAGCUUUCAGUCGCAAGCCACGCUGUGCCAAAAUCGACAGGACCCAACACUGCAGCUGCGAAGCCGGCUUCCACAUGAGCGGCACGGCCGACAACAGCAUAUGUCAGGACGUAAAUGAGUGUGAGGUUUACAAGCUGGAGGGAGCCCCUCGUCUGUGCAUGCACGCCUGUGUCAACGUUCCUGGCUCUUACCGCUGCUCCUGCCCCAGUGGAUACAAGCUCCUCGGAGAUGGGAAAAGCUGUGAAGAUAUAGACGAGUGCAGCCUGUCCCAGCACAACUGCACCAGGGGCAUGACGUGCAUUAACACAGGAGGGGGCUUCCAGUGCGUCAGUGCCGAGUGCCCUCGGCCCAGCGGCAAUGCCAGCUAUGUGAGAACAUCGCCAUUCCAAUGUGAACGCAACCCCUGCCCAAUGGACAACAGAUUGUGCCAUCAUGCCCCAAAGUCCAUCUCCUUCCAUUAUCUCCCUCUGCCUUCCAACCUAAUAACCCCCACCCCUCUCUUCCGCAUGGCAACUGCCUCCGCCCCAGGCCGGCCUGGGCCUGACAGCCUGCGCUUUGGGAUUAUUGGGGGCAACAACCGAGGGCAUUUCGUGAUGCAGCGCUCCGAUCGUCAGACAGGAGAACUGAUCCUUGUGCAAAGCUUGAAAGGACCCCAGACCAUUGAGGUGGAGGUGGACAUGUCUGAGUAUCUGGAUCGCACCUUCCAGGCGAAGCACGUCUCCAAGAUCACAGUCUUCGUGUCUCCCUAUGAGUUUUAAAGAGAUACAAUUUCUGCAAGUCAGCAAAUAAACAGCCGCAAGGACUGUUCCUGUUCAUCCCUCGCUUUCUUUCAGCACUGACUCGAAUGAAGUUCCUUUUUUUCGAAAUGAUGAAAGGCCACGGCACUGCAGCAGUUCUAAAAAACAGGACCUUAAAAGCCCAGUGCUGAGAGACAAGACAAACCACAUUACUCUGGCAAUGCCAGGAUGGGGCUUGCAAUAAUCUCAGACUCAUUUGUUCUUGGGAAGUUUUGACUCUGGACACUUCUGACUUUGCUUCUCACCAUCUUCUGUAGCACAUGCCUCCAGGAACACUAAUCAUAGUAACAGAGAUGUAGCAAUGAAAUCCAGAUUAUAGCCUAUAUAAACCUCCAUAGAGUAAAUAUCCUUCCAUCAGAUUUCUGAUUGAUUUGUCUGCUCCAUCUCCUGGCUGGUUUUACACUCACGUACAUGGAAAGCAGCCAGUGAAGUGUGAAUGAAAUCAUGUGCUCUCCAGCAGCUGCACCCGCCCAGAAAGCUGCCCUGCCCUGCAGUCAGACUAGCAGCAGGCCACAUGCCCAGCAGUUAUCAGUGACACCUCCCCACCAAUUGAAAAACGGGCUAGUGUGACAUCUUUGAACCAAUGGGAUGUUGCUUAUAACUCCUUUGUCCUCAUCCAAUCCCCUUAAAAAGGCCUCCCGAAGCAUUUGCCCCAAUAAAGGGUUGAAGUCUGUAGAUGUCAAUUAACUAAGACCAUGAACAUUUUUUAGAAAACUCAGUUGAAUCAGUUUGCUGAAUAGGAGCGUACACAAGCGCAAAGAGAUGAUAGCACAGGCUGGGCUUGGUACCCAGGGCUGUAAGAUUCUCUGCAAGACAGCUCCAGAGAGUGGCUCCAGUUCUCCUGUCGUUCUAGUUCUGUGUGUUGCUACUGAGCACAGCCUACCAAGGGCAUGAUCGUGCUCCAGGGUCAAAUCAGGGUGGGAAGCUGCCAUCAGUGCAGCAGUGCGGGAUGAAGUUCCUUGAGUUCUGAAUUGCAUAACAAUGUGUGGGAGUUCUGCGGUGUGGCUGGAUCUCCAGGGGAGUAGACUAAGACUGCCAAUUGCUUUAACUGGUAACAUAACCAGAGUUAGAAUCCAAGUCUCAUGUUUAGCACAGGGUAACAUGGCACCAAAAUAAUCCAUAUCAAUAGCCCACCAUGCUACAAUUACAGAUUACAGUUAGUAGGUAAUAGUACCUUGACUCCCUCCCCGAAAGGGAUAAGGCAUUUGAGGCUUUAUUAACAGAAAACACCCAGCACAGAUAGCAUGGAGAUACCAUAUGUCCUUUAAAAAAAUAUAAAAAGUCAAGGUCUGUUCUACUCUCUGUCAUGAGCUAUUUGCCUUUUUAAAGAAACAUUUCAGAGUAAGAGUAUUUGUUAAAAUAUAUAUUUAUGAGAAAGCAAUUAAGGUUUAAAUUCCUCUUAUGAAGAUACCCUUUGAAUUGUAAUAGAUGCUAAACUUUCUAAAUUUUGAUCUCUCCCAUAGAGUUUGAUGGAGCCCCCAAUCCCCACCCCUUUUAGUGGAGCCCUGCUAUAGAAUUCUCUUGGAUGGUUCUAAAAACUAUUGGAAGGAGCUCAUUCUGCAUUAAAUUCUACGGGCCAGAUCCUGAGCUGGUGUGAAUCAGCAUAGUUCCAUUGAUUUCAGUAGAGUUACUCCAGAUGUGUACUGAGCUCACAAUUUAGACCCAAACCACCUCUUUUUAGACUUUUUUUCCCCCUGCACUCACAUCAGACAAUGAAAAUGGCCGGUUUUGUGACAUCACCAUGCCCCUCAUCUUGCAUUUGGAAUGCAGAAUAGCGGGUGCUAUCUUACAGUGCUUGGGACACAUUCUGCUCCCAGUUUCACUCCUGCAGCCCUAGAGAAGCACAUAGGUCAAAUUCCCCCCCGGGGGUAAAUCAAUGGUAUUACUCCUAGGAAGAAUUUGUCUCAGUGGGUUGAUAAACAAUGGAGCUGGCUGCAGAAUGUGGUGUGCAUUCAACUGCCAUCCAGCUAAGGAUUUGGGUUUUUUGUUGGUUUGUUCAUUUUUUAAGCCUGCUCUCAUCACCUGGGUACCUCAGCACGUUGCUCCAAUGGCUGCUUCUCAAGCUUCCUUCAUCAACAAGAUGAAAUGUGUCUGUUUCUUUCCAGCACCUGCAUCCAAGGGUGAGAGGUUCAUGCUCCUUCCUUUUAUGCUAUAGUAUCAUCCGACACAGGAAGGAGACUAGGGGCCAUGCUCACACGUCUACAUAGGAGGGUCUGACAUACACCACCUACUCAUGCUGAUGCAAUUUUCUAAGGAAACCCCCUCUGCACAUUCAUGGGAAACUCAAACCCACAGACUUUCCCCCAAGUGGGGCCUGAGCUAAUACCACCGAAGGCCAUGGGAAUCUUGCCCUUGGGUUCAGUGGGCUUUGGAUCAGAUCCCUGGUGCAUAGCCCCACAAAUAACCCUGUAGUGGUGUGGUUAGUAUUGAACCCUGGGCAUUUCUUUUCCCUGGCAAAUGGUACCAAUAUUGGGCCAGAUUCUUCACCGGUGUAGAUGGGAGGUAGCUCCAUUGAGACACUUGCCUGCACCAGCUAAGACUCUGGCCCAUUAUCUUUGCAUAAUCUUGAAGCAAUUUACAUCUGGAGUUUGAAAUCCACGUUGUUGUUUAAUCUAAAUACACAUGCACUUGGGAUGUUGCUUUGUAGACUUUCUACCAGUCCGAUAACUUCUCUUGGGCUUAGCCCUGUGCAGCUGUGUUACAGCUGGAUGCAACCAUCCCGAAGACAGAUGACAGGCUCUCUCCUGUCCGUUUAAGCACAGAUAUCUGCAGCCAAUGAGGCAGACAUGCACUUCUCCUGGGGGCUCCAGGAGCACUCCAGCACAGAGAGGCCGGGAACCAGAGAACACACUGGUGCCCUGUUGCUGUGCAGGGGUAAUAGGGAGCCCCUGGCACCUCAGCCCCUGAUUGACCUUUCACACCCCUUGAGCAGUAAAGCACAGCCUGGACCUCUACAACGCCUUGUGGGCAAUCAUAAUACCCAGUUUUCAUAGUACUUUUCAUCAGUGGAUCUCAAAGUGCUUUACUCCCAUUUUACAGAUGGGGAAACUGAGUCAUGGAGCUGUGAAGGGGCUUCCCCAAGAUCACCCAGCAGGCCAGUGGCUGAUUAUCUCCUGAGGUCCAGUCCAGUGCUCUAGGCACUUCCCCUUCAAGAACUGAGUUGUGUCAUAUCUUCAAACCAAUUCUGUGGCAUUGGAGGGAGUUCAUUGACUUGUCAAGUAAAUGAAACUGCAGAGACAAAACAGCGCUGCUUCCCCCCUGGCAAUCAGCAUUGCUGGAUAUGGAGGUCACAGAUGAGCUCUCUGAAAUGUUCUUAAUUUACUGUACGUGUCCCAUCCUGGUUCCCACUGCUGGUCAGAAGGCCACCGUCUCUCAGCUCUGUGCUGGGCAAUGAAUGAGGGAGAAAGAAGAUAAACAUGUUUCCUAUCAGCGCUCAGUGUGACCCUGCUGGCCAGGGCAUGUGAGCUUAACCAAUCAAAUGCAGCCGAACCCCUCGCCCGCCUUUCAGUAAAAGACCAGUUCCCCAGAUCUACUCAGUUGUAAGUACUGUCGGCCAGACUGGGCAAACAAAUGCCCUGUGACUAAACUGGAUUUCAUAAACACGCUGCUUCUUUGGGCCGCUUCCCCUCAAUAUCCUGGCACAGCUUUUCCAGUCACUCAAACAAAAUAAAACCAAGAGGCGCUCAGAUUGCUGGGUGCCAAUAGGAGAACCUGAAUAUAGAGAGAUCCCUCCUGGUUAAGCAGCAGCACAUAUAGCUCUGGUUUUGAGAGUGGCCUUGGGCUUGCUUUUGAGACCUAGUCCAUGACAGAAGUGACCUAGUUGGCCCUCCCUUGGAGGACUGGGAGAUUUAAACUGUGCACCCACAUGAGCAGCUCUAGGACAGGCAUGGCCAAUGCCCGCAGCCACCACAGCCAUAGCUGGAGCACUAGGAUGGCCAUCAAAAGCUAGGUGGUGGGAGGGGAAACAAGUGACAACUUCAGAAAGAAACAGGGGAGGAGAAUUGAGGUCAAUGUUUCAACCAGAAUUUGGAUCAGGGUCAGGCCUGGGGCAGAGACACCCACGGUCAGAGGCCCAUGACUUGCUACUGCCAGGAACACGAAAAUGAAUGAAACUAGCAAGCCAGAAGGUACUAGAAUGGAAAUGAGAUCAUCAGCACAAGCGUCUCCCCCAAGCAAUAGAUAAGGAGGCUGCAUCAGAGCAAUGGGCCAGUCUUCACACUGUAAAAAGAUUCAGGCAGACAAGGGAACCACAGGACAGAAUGAAAAGGCUCCCCAGAAACCCUGAAGCCCAGUGCCAACUGGCAGCAUCUGAUCUCCUUCCUGCUGAUCCAGGGCAGGGUUUGGAGCUUCUUUAGCAUUCUCAGUGCUGGGACAAUAAGGAAGAGAAUGCAGCCUAGAGCAGUAGGUAAGUUAUACAGGACGGCAGCAUCAGAUCCAGACUUCAGUGGUUCAGAGUCUGCCCUUUGUAGCUCAGCUACUGGGAAAUUGAAUUUCUGAGCUUUAUAAAGUGACAACAUUCAAAUCAUUAUUGUUCUGGGGUUGUUUAUCCUAGGGCCAGAGAGAGACCGGGCAGGGGAAACAGUUCUGACAGUUUAGAGUGUGUGCAUUAAUUAAAAUGGUUUCUAGUAAGAAUGGCUUGUGACAGUUGUUGUUGUCAUAAUCUUGUCCCGCAAUGAUCAUAUCAGGCCAUGAAGUUUGAGAAUGAAUUGGGAGACUCACAUGGGGUCCUCUGGAAGGGUGUUUGAUCUGAAAAGCUUCACUUUCCUUGCAAUAUUACAUCGAACAGUGUGGGAAAGUGUUAAAGCAUGCUCCAGACACAGCUUGCACAGAGGAUAUAUCUUGGUCCCUUCUCUGUUGAUUUUCAUUCCUGCAGUAUGCCCUAUCUGCAAUCUCACAAGAGCAGAUGUUAUUUCCCGAGUUGCUUUGUCACAAAUGAGGUGAUCCUGGCAAGCUGCAGUCUUGCACCAGCAAAGAACAAGAUGACUGCAAUGGUGAGGUCAUGUCCAACGUGCAGAAGAAGGUACGCUUCUGCAGAAGGUUUAAAAGAGCUGAGGUUGAAGGAUGUAGAGCAUGAGGUCAGCCACAAAUGAGGUUGGAAGAUGCAAUUUUUGAGGGAUUUAAGAAGCCUAAAUCCUCCCAUACUGACUUUUCUUUUUUCAGCUGGAUAUAGCAACAUUUACAAGUUAAUACAAAGAUCAGAAAUCCAUUCGAGGGCUUCAGGAGAUGCAGAGUGCACCUUUGCUAGACCUCCGGGGAAUGAAAAGAUGGGGCACUUCUUCACAAUAUGUUUGAUGCUUUGGAGGUUUCCACAUUCACACUGUGGUGAAUCGUUGAUUCUCCAUUUGUGCAUCAGGUGCACGCAUCUUCCAUGUGACAUCCUCAUAUGGUUGAUGGUCAUCCACUGUCUUCGAUGGAGCAAGGAACCAGGGGGUUCAAUAGUGGGAUCAUCUAUGAGGAGCUUGUUGUUUACAUCAGAACCUGUAUGCACCAGGUGUCUUCUGGAUUGAAACUGGAUGACAGAAGAGCUUCUCCAGCUGCCCCGAAUGGUCAGCAAGACUUACAGCAAGUGCGAGGUGUAUGAACCAGGUUGUCAUGGAGUGGGAGCUUUUGGUUAGUGAGAGCUUUCUUGCACUUGUGAAACAUUGCCAUCUCUCACCAGAUGGUUGGAGGAAGGAUGUUUGCGAAGACUGGAAGCCAGCACAG